AAAACUUUUGGACAAGUGGCAAAGCAAGUUUACGCUUGUCUGAAAGAGCGUUGAAGUUAAAGCAUCUAGCUAGGUUAGCUUCCAAUAACUACCACAGGGAGGUCAUCUCAUUCAAAUCCACCCCUUGAGUUAGAUAGCUGGUCUCAAGUAUUGUUAUGUCUGAAUUUGACUCCGUGUCAAGCCCUUUGAAAGAGAAAACUGAUGUACCAAGUGGCACUCCGGGCAGCGGUCUCAAAAAACGACUGGGAAUAAUCGCAACUUGUGCUGUGGGCGGAUCACUGGUUGCCCUCUAUGCAGUUGCAGGACCAUUUAUUGCACCGGCAUUAAGGAAAAUUUGUCUUCCGUUCGUUCCUGCAACCUCUGCACAGGUCGAAAAUGUACUAAAAGUAUUGCAGACAAGAUCGGGAUCCCUUGUGGAUAUCGGAAGUGGCGAUGGAAGGAUAGUUAUUGCAGCAGCAAAAAAGGGUUUUCAGGCGGUCGGUUUUGAGCUGAAUCCGUGGUUGGUCUGGUAUUCACGGUACAAGGCAUGGAGGGAAGGGGUUCAUCGCGGUACUUCCUUUCACAGAGCAGACCUGUGGAAGGUCAGUUUUGCUCAGUAUUCCAAUGUAGUCAUAUUUGGAGUUCCACAGAUGAUGGAGCAGCUUGAAGACAAGCUUCAAAGAGAGCUGCACAUCUCCGCCAAAGUCGUCGCCUGCCGUUUUCCUUUCCCGACUUGGACCCCUGACCACGUUGCUGGAGAAGGAAUAGAUACUGUCUGGGUGUAUGACGCCAAGGCUUUUAAAACAAGAACAGUAGUCAAAGCUACUGAGGGACUGUAA